CGGGAGUUCACUACGGCUCGAACGGAAUGGACUUUCAAUCCGCCAGCCUCUCCUCACAUGGGGGGAGCAUGGGAGCGUCUGGUUCAGUCCGUGAAACGGAACCUAACUGUGCUGCAAUCGAAUGCUACGCCAACUCACGAGGUGCUCCAGAACGCGUUGGUGGAAGUUGAGAACGUUCUCAACUCGCGGCCACUCACUAGCGUCCCGCUGGAGGAUGACGAAUCUCCAGUGCUGACGCCCAACCACUUUCUGCUGGGUAGUCAAAAUGGCCUACAACCGUGGGUGCCGUUCGACGACAGCUCUGCAGCUCUACGAAACAGCUGGCAACGUUCGCAGACCAUGGCUAACCGAUUCUGGAAGCUGUGGGUUAGAGACUAUCUUCCAACACUAACUCGGAAACCGAAGUGGCUCACACCAGUAAAACCCAUUGCAGUGGGCGACGUCGUCGUCAUCGUGGACCCAAACCUACGGCGGAACUGCUGGCCGAAGGGUCGAGUUAUCUGUGUCAAACCUGGUGCAGAUGGACAAGUGAGAUGGGCGACGGUGCAGACAGCCAACGGAAUCUACGAGAGACCUGCCGUUAAACUCGCUGUCCUGGACGUAGGCGUUGAGAAGAAUGCUCUUCAGGAAGACCCUAACCGCAUUCCGGGGGGAGUGUUAAUAGCGCCAUACAGUUCAGCGAGCCCCUCGGCGCCCAUACAGCAAAUCAACAUCAACAAACCGCGCCCUUCGCCUUCUCGAGGGAUUGGCACGAAUAUCGGUCACGGACAAGACAGUCAGAUAGGAAGAAAGAAAAAAAGUCAAGUCAUUCGGUAAAAAGUAGCGUAAGCUAGAACACAUUUUCACAAUUGUUAUAAAUUAACCCAAUUCUCAAGGUAAAUAAUUGUUCCCAUUUCUAACUAAAUCUACCCUAACUGUACUGUGGAAUUAAAGCUACGGUACGGACAGAGUUAGUGCGGGUAGGAAACAGUACGGAUACAAUUUAUACGGAGAAACAGUACGGAUCGAAGACUGUGCGAACAAUACCAUUAGGAGCACAUUUAAAUUACAAUUUAAAUAGACUUCGAAACCGAACAGGUCAUUAAGGUUAGUAGUCCAACCUAGCUUAUUUGAUUACCGUGAAUCUCUAAUACUAUUAUACUUAAAUGCUAGGACACAGACUGAUUACUGUACGGGUACGAUUUAGACAGCUCUGUACGGCAGCGAAAACAUUAACAGUAAGAAUUUGUAUUUAUACUCUAAAACUUAAUCCUAACACAAUAGUAUCCUCCAUGCAGGAAUUUAUAAUCCAACCUUGAUUCACAACGAAUAAAGAAGAUUCAUAGAUUUGCUAGUUUUCACUGCUGUCCGGCAACAUAAUAUCUUUGGCACAAUCCUCGAGAGGGCGUUAAAUGUUGUUUUUGUUAGCCACCGCAACAACCAAACUCUGGUAGAUGCGGUGUGAGAAUA